AUGAAAUGUUCACUUCGUGGGGUUGUUUUAAAAGAUUAUUUAGCUGCUAGAACUUUAAUUUCAAAAAUUGUUGGAUUAACAUUUUCACUUGGUUCUGGAAUUCCUAUUGGGAAAAUGGGUCCAUUUGUUCAUGUAGCUGCUAGUACAGCCAAUUUAUUAAGUAAUGUUGCUGCUAGAUUUGAAGGGGCUUAUGGUAAUGAAUGUAGAAAAUCUGAAAUGUUAGCAGCUGCUUGUGCUACUGGUGUUGCUUGUUGUUUUAGUGCUCCUAUUGGGGGUGUUUUAUUUUCAAUUGAAACAACAACAAUGCAUUUUUCUGUUCGUAAUUAUUGGCGAGGUUUCUUUGCUGCAGCAUGUGGUGCUACCGUUUUUAGGUUACUUAGAGUUGUUGCUUUUGAAACUGAAGUUACACUUGUUGCCUUUUAUCAAACACAUUUCCCUGAAGAUGCUUUUGAACCAGAAGAAUUACCUUUUUUUGCCCUUAUUGGAUUACUUUGUGGUUUUAUUGGUGCUGGUUUUAUUGUUUUUUAUAGAAGUUUUGUGAUUUUUCUUAGACAAAAUUCUUUUGUGAAAGAACAAAUACGUAAAAAUUGGUUAAUAUAUCCGGCAAUUAUUGCUUUUUUAGUAGCAACAGUAACAUAUCCAAGAGGUUAUGGACGUUUUCUUUCUGGAAGAUACAAAUUCACCCGUACAGUAAUUGAUUUCUUUUCGAAUUGUACUUGGUCUAAAGGUCUUCGCCAUCCAAUAUAUUCUCCACAUGGAUGCCAUUCUGAAUUACUCGGUUCUUGGAGUAAUCAUGAGGGAUACGGUCCAUAUAAUGUAUUUUUGGUGUUAACUUUGUUUGCUUUUACAUUUUUAUUAUUAUCCGCUCUAUGCAAUACAAUGCCAAUUCCUUGUGGAAUGUUUAUGCCUUUAUUUGUUGUUGGGGCUGCUUUUGGAAGGUAAAUUAAAUUAUUUCUU